CAUCCAUCUCACUUUCAAAAAGGCAGGCCGUCGGCGCAGUGGAAUGUAUGUCUGUGGUCUGUCUGUCCGCAUCUCCGUCGCUCGUAGGAAGGAUCCAUGCCAUGCAUCCAUCCGCCAGCGACGCACAGGAAUAUAAAGGGGCAUGAAGUGAAGGAUACAGACGCACGGACAGGCAGCGGGUGUUUCCUCUAGAUGAAGGUGGAUGGCACUUGCUUCCACACAGCUGGCUAUCUCAGCUCUCUCUCUCUCUCCCGUACACAGAUCACAUCCUACGGUCGUAUGGUACACACACACACACACGCCUUCGCGCAGAGACUACAAACGCUCCUCAGUGUCUAUCUAGCUACGGGCGGCGCACACGCGCACACAGACAGACCUGCUCCUCCCUCCCCUCCCUCCCUCCCUCCCUCCCUCCUCAUGUCUGUACACCCAGCCCAGCCGCCCACCAUAUGAAUGGAUGGAUGGAUCAGUCCAUCACCUGUGGCAGCAUGCCGCCAGUCGGUUGGCCAUCGGCCGCCCACUGUCCCGCCCUAGCACGAUGUUCUCCUGCGCCUUCUGGUGCUGCUGCUGCGUCGCCACCAGCCGCUGGAUGAUGUCCCGUGCGAGUGUGACGAAUGCCUCGGCGACCCCCUGGCCGCUCUUGGCGCUGGUCUCGAUGAAGGGCACGCCGUACUCGUCUGCGAGGUCGCGGGCCCGCUCAGAGCUGACGAUGUUCUCGAGGUCGGCCUUGUUGCCCACCAGGAUCUUGUUGACGUUCUCGGCCGCGUGGGCGUCGAUCUGACGCAUCCAGUUCCGGAUGUCUGCAGACACAUGUCAUGGAUGGAUGGAUGGAUUGUCUGUGUGUGUGGCGGGAGAGCUUUCUCACUUUGAAAUGAUUCGGGUGAAGUGACGUCAUAGACUAAGAGGAUGCCCAUGGCGCUGCGAUAAUAUGCUGGACGAAAGAAGAAACAUCCAUACCACACACAACCAAGGAUCUGUCGUCAUUCGUCCAUCCCUGUGUGGCACCUGACUCUCACUCACUGACCUUGAGUGAUGGUACGAAACCGCUCCUGACCCGCUGCAAUACACACAACGAACAACACACACACACACACACACACUCACCGAUUGAUGUGCUGAGCACCACUCUCCGCCUGCCUCGAUGUGGCUUACUUACCGGUGUCCCAUAUCUGCAGCUUGACCCGUUUCCCAUCGAUGUCGAUGGUUUUGAUCUUGAAGUCGAUGCCGAUGGUCGUGAUGUGCGAGGGAGUGAACUGGUCGUCGGAGAAACGAAACAACAGACAACUCUUGCCCACGCCGCUGUCACCUAUCAGCAGCAACUUGAUCAGGUAAUCUGAUUGUGGAUACAUGGCAUCAAACACAAACAAACAACCAAAAAGCACAAGUGAACGAAGAGGCGCUGUGCCUGAUGGCUGGCGCACCGUAUUGCGGCUGCACAGGCAUAGCGAGUGGCGCAAAUCAGCCAGCCCCUCUCUCUCCCGGGGGCGCGGGUGACAAAUGGCUGGUGACACCUGAUCUUGAUAUCAGCACGUCCCUCUCAUGCAACACGCGGACACUCUCACAGAGAAGCACUGCGUUGCG